ACUCCAGGCCGGAGCCAGCGUGUGUGGUGGCUGACUGAGCUGGAAGAAUCUCCGAGCCUGGCAGGAUCAACUGUUGAAAGAUUAUUUUGAGCAGGUUCAGGAGCCUUCGAAGGCUCUCAAUGCAGACAAAACACUCACUAUUUGGUAGAUUCGCUCCUUCAAAAGACAAAUACAGUUAUUUACCAUUAAGUCAUUUACCCACGGCGGAAGGCUUUCUGUUUGCAAGUAUAUGUGCGCUGCCAAGUGGAGCCAACUUGGGGAAAGAAACAUUUGAAGAACACCUCUCCAACUCAGUCAGUUAUCUGAAGUGGGAUUUUGGAAAGUGGCAUCAUGCCAUACUUCACCACACUGUGUGUCUACUUUUUGAUGAUCCUGAACCCAGUUAUGACAAACACCAUCACCGAGGACAUAGAGGUUUUGGUAUUUUUGCCACAAAAUAACUCCUUCCUGUUCUCAUACGCAAGAGUCGCACCAGCGAUCCGUUACGCGCAGCAGAAGAUGAAGGCAGACGGGAACCAGUACUCUGGGUUCCACUUCAACAUCCACUUUGAGAACUCCGACUGUGUCAAUGAUGCUCUGUUUACGUUACUGGACAGAUCGUGUGGCCAGAAGCCGGAUCUGAUCCUGGGUCCGGUGUGCGAGUACGAGGCGGCGGCCGUGGUGAGGCUGGCAUCUCACUGGAAAAUCCCGGUGAUCUCAGCAGGUGCCCUGGCCACCGGCUUUGGUAACAAGAAAACAGAGUUCUCCCACCUGACCCGCAUAGCCCCGUCUUACGUGAAAAUGGCAGAGACUUUCACCGCAAUGUUUGAGCAUUUCACCUGGAAGAGCGCGCUGCUUGUCUACGAAGACGACAAGGAGGAGCGGAACUGUUACUUCACUUUGGAAGGAGUCUAUCAUCUAAUGGCCGACUAUACUAUUAAAACAUACCAAUUUUCAGAGGAGGAUCCCUUAAACGUCGACGACAUCCUCCAGAACAUCUAUGACAUUGAAGUGAUGAUCAUGUGCAUGGGAGCGGACAAAAUACGAGAGAUUAUGCUGGCUGCACACAGACGACAGUUAACUAGUGGCAAUUAUAUGUUUUUUAAUGUUGAGCUCUUCAAUUCCUCCUCUUAUGGGAAUGGCUCAUGGAAGAGAGGAGAUAAAUACGACAACGAUGCGAGGCAAGCCUAUGCUUCUCUGAACACCGUGACACUGCUCAGGACAGUCAAGCCUGAGUUUGAGAAUUUCCUUAUCGAAAUGACAAAAUCCAUUGAAAAAGCUGGGCUGAAUGACUGCAAAGAUUGUGGAAAUGUCAACAUGUUUGUUGAGGGAUUCCAUGAUGCCAUGUUGCUGUAUGCCAUUGCCUUGCAUGAAGCCAUGAAAAGUGGAUACAGCAAGAAGAAUGGAACAGAGAUCACAUCACGCAUGUGGAAUCGAACUUUUGAAGGCAUCGCUGGCCAGGUAUCCAUGGAUGUAAAUGGUGACAGAAAUGGAGAUUUCUCUUUGAUGGCCAUGACUAAUGUUGAGGCAGGAGCCUACGAAGUGGUGGCGAACUACUUUGGAGUAAAUGGAACGUUUCAGCUGCUACCUGCCUUCAACAUUGACCAUUUUACUCUGAAAGGGAGACAUAAAGAAUACCCAGAGAUGCCUGACAAAGCAUGUGGACUCGGAGUAUCAGCUUUGACUGGAGUCAUAGUUGGAGCUGUUCUGGGAACUGUAAUGCUUAUAGCAUUCUAUUUUUUCAGGAAAAACUACAGGAUUACCAUUGAGCGCCGCACACAUGGUGAAGAGUGUGACUCUGGGAAGCACCGUCAGCUGCGAGAGGAUUCCAUCAGAUCAAAUUUCUCAGCAGCGUAAUCAGCAGCAGUGACAGUGCCUUCACAGAGAAUCUCACAUCCGAAUGUGACCAAAGACUUUGCAGUGGUUGUUAGUGGACCCUUCCUUGCUGUUAAAAAUGAGACAUUGUGUUUUUGUAUCCUUUAUUGUAUUGAUUAUAACUCAGGACAGUUCUAACAGUCACAAGACACCACUUUCCUAAGAUUUCCUCCACACAAAGGUAUAUGAUUGUAUGGUAUAUGAAAAUAUUUGGCUCUAAUAUUUUUUGGGUGGUGUUUAUCAUGACUGUGAAUGAUUUAUAUCAGACAGAGCAUCUAACACUACAUUGGCAUGCACUCAUGGGGUAGGUGAGAUCUACUUUUGCCUCUUGUGUUGACAAAUAGACGCUUCAUGUUUAGGAGUGGUAGGCAAAACUUUGUGGAAAUAAUAAAGCUGGAGCUAAAGGAAUGUAAACAAGAUCUAAAGACCUGUACGAUAUGUGCUACUGAUAAUAAGCUACUGAUAUUUUUAAGUUUUCAGUUACCUACCAUGCACCAGUGGCCUCCAUGCAAAUCUUGCUGUAUAAAUACAUUUUAAGUAUUUCCUUUUUAAAUUUGCCUGUGCAAUGAAUUCAGUUACUACUUGCAGAAGAAUUAUGGUUUUGCUUUCUGAUAAGGUAUACUUUACAAAGCAUUCUUUAUUAAUGAUAAGAAAUUAUUCACUAGUGCCUUGUAUACCGUUAAAUUAGUUUUGGCUAUUUGGCUAAACAGUUAAUUGCGCUCCCAAUCAAGUGCAAGAAAACUACAAUGUAUUACUUAUUGCAUAAUAUUUUUGAUUGUUCAGGCUUUUCGUUCUAUCAGCUAUGUUCAUGAUAUAGUACAAACUACUGAGCUCUUUAUCAGUUACUCUGGUGGGUACAUAUUAUCAUAACUGAUGGAACUGAUGGCCAGAAGUGCAAAAAAUAGAAAACUAGAAGUAUCACCUUGCAACUAUAUACCUCUGCCAUCCAGUCAAGUUGCAGUUUUCCAUUCAUGUCGAUCCAGAUCUUUUGGAUGCCAUCCCCUAAUUUGUGUGAAAUUUGGUCACAAUUAGCAAUGAAGUCUUGAGCUCUGGCUAAAAAUGUGUUUUGUGAGGUCACUAACAUUUGGCCACAAAUUCAAAUCAGUUCAUUCUUGAGUCAAAAUGAGCAUUUGUGCCAAAUCUGACAAAAUUCCCUCAAGGCAUUCAAUAGAUAUCGCAUUCUUGAGACUAGGGUGCAUGAAAUGAGGGAUGGAUGACUUGAAAACAUAACGCCUCUGACCUUGGCUCUUGCCAACAGAGAGAUAUAAAAAUAUGUCAGUAAAAACUUUUUUUUUUGCUUUAUAAAGUUAGCUAAAGAAAAACAGCAAGUUUUCUAACAAGCAAAACUUACAGGCACAGUCAUUAUUGCAUUAUUUAUUUGCAUCAUCAAAGACAUAGGUUCCAAACUAUAAAAGUCCUUAUUAGAAUGUGGACGUGAAUUCAUAAUUAAGGUAUAUUUCUGAGUUAUAAAGGUAUAGUGAGGUGCUUUACAUAAACAUUAGUGACUGCAUGAAAAAAAUAUCUCAAGUGCAUUAGAGACAAGCUUUUUUGUGGUUACUAUUCUUUAGGUUACAAUUGUCAUGCAGAAUUUAAGGAUCAGGUUUCUACAGAAAGAAAGGAUACUGAACAUGAGAAAUAAGCUCCCUGGCCUGCUGGUUUAGUUUGUAUGUUGGAGAAAAUAUUUCAAGGGUGAAAUGAUGUAUAUAAUUUCAAGAAGUGUUUUAUUCUGGAGCUCCACAUUCCCUGUCAUUUAAAGCUCUGUAUAAUAUUAUUAUCAUGACUUUUGGUAUUUAGUAUGCUAUAGUUAUUUAACAGUGACCUUAAUAUAUUUUAAAAAUAUAUAUAGUAUUUUUAUCGUAAAUAUUUUAAGUCAUCUUACUCUCAAUAUUGAAUUUUAAUGGUUUUAUUCAAUUUUGUCCUAUUUAGUUCCUUCAUAUCAUAAUUUCCCAUUUCUAUCUUAAAUUGCACCAGAUCAUCAAUUGUACCCAAAAAUGCAUUUUAUUUUCUCUAUGCAAUGUCAAUCAUAAUAGGGACUGUAUAAUUUGGUCACCAUUGUCAGUUCUGCCACCUGAUUUUCAUUUAGUUUUAACAGUUUUUUUUUGUUUGUUUGUUUGUGUGUGUGUUUUUUAGAAUGUAUAGUUUGGUCAUUAGAAUUACAGACUAUUUAUUCUUAAUCAUAUUACAUUUUGGAAUUAUUUUUAGUGAAUUUAAAGAAAUGUCCAAUUAAUAUAAAGUUGUGCAUCAACUAUAAUCGUAAUAGCUCAAGUGGAGUAACAGUACCGGCAGCUGUUCCCAGUCAUUGCUUUUCUGUUUCAGCUCUCCAAGCCUCUUUCAUCCUCGUCAUAUCAAGCAUAUCAGGUUCCCUACACAACAGUGGCAUCUGAGAAGUCAGAAACUAGCAGGAAUGUGUGUGGCAUCAGAUACCAACAAUGACUUUUUACUCUUUUGUAACAACAAAUUUUGAGUGUGUCACAGUGGCUCAUGCCUUAGAAAUGAAGAAAAGAGAAGCUUAACAAAUUGAUUUCAGCUAAGGUUUGCUUGCCAUGUUUUUUCUGACUUUUUUGCCACAUUUGAUGAAGUCAUCACAGGGCAGAGGAAAUAAGAACUUUGCUAAGGAGAUAAUUGGUCAUAUAGCUGAGGUGUGAGUCAGAGGCAAGCACAUCACAGUUAUGUGCAUUCAUGAUGUGGAAAUAUGACUCUGCGUGUAUGAGAUUUCUCAUUCAAAUUUUAUUUGCAAAUUAUUAGUGACUAGUCCUGUCACUGUGACACAAGAUAUAUCAGUUACCCAACUGUUUUUUUAUUUUUAUUUUUUAAAGAGUUUGUUUAUGUAAUUUUAUUACAAAUAGGAAACUCAGCUCUCUUAUUUACAAAAAUAUUCUGACACUUUGUGGUGGCACUCCAAACCGUGGUCUUACCAUGUUUUCUUGAGUCCACCUGUUGAUUGAUUUCUAAGCUAUGAUAGGACAUAGUUUAACAAAGACAGACACCUGUAUAAAAAAGACUCACACUGCAUGUUAGGAUGAAAACCAAACCAUGAAUUCAAGGAACUGUCUGUAUACCUUUGUAAUAAAGCUGUGGUGAAGGGACAAUUACAGAGAAAGUU